AUGGCGCUCGCAGCAGCAACCAGCCUGCCCACCCUCGCCUCUCCACGCGUAUCUUUCUCCGUUUCCGCCGCUGGGAAGAACAGCAACGGCCUGAUCAUGUCAGCCGGCGAGCGCCGUGUGCCGGGGAUUUCUGUGAUUCAUUCGCAGCAGGGUAGGAUGGUCGCGGCGGCGGCGACCAAGAUGCCUCCCUCGGCGAGGGGGGAGGACCGGGAGAAGACCUUCGUGGAGGAGAUGAAGGAUAUCGCUAUGAGCCUGCACACCGAGGACCAGGCCAGGACAGUCAACCUGCGGAACGCUACCGUUGAGGGCUAUCUGCGCUUCCUCGUCGACAGCAAGCUCGUCUUCGAGACGCUCGAGAACAUCGUCAACCGCGCCGUCGUCCCCUUCCCCUGGUAUGCGGAGUUUCAGAAUACUGGGUUAGAGAGAUCAGAGGCACUGAAGAACGAUCUGAAAUGGUUCAGCGAACAGGGUCACACAAUUCCAGAACCAUCUGCUCCUGGCACUAAACAUGCUGCCUAUCUGGAAGAGUUGUCUGAGAAGGACUCGCAAGCAUUUCUCUGUCACUUCUAUAGUGUGUACUUUGCUCAGUCUGCUGGAGGUCGAAUGAUCGGCGCAAAGAUUGAUGAGAAGAUUCUGAACAAGAAAGAGCUCGAAUUCUACAAGUGGGAAGGUUCCCUGUCCCAGCUGCUGCAGGACGUCCGCACCAAACUUAACCAAGUUGCUUCUACCUGGUCCCAGGAAGAGAAAAACCACUGCCUGGAGGAGGUCGAGAUGGCGUUCACCUAUUCAAUGGAUCGCCUCCGCCACAUAUUCACCUAA